AAGUCAUUUUAGAAUUAAAUAAAUGUAUGGAGAAGACUGAAAAUAACUAUAAGUGUUUCUUAUAUAAAGCACAAAAAAACUUUGAAAUAUUAAGUGAAGAGAAUAACUUAGCUCAACAGAAAAUAAACGAAUUAUCCUCACUAUUAGUAGUAAAUAGUAAAUAUAUUAAAAUACCAAACUUUGUGAAUGUUACUAAUUACCAAUCAGUAUUAUCUAUUUCCUUGGCCCCAGAAAAUCAUCAUAAAUUUACAUAUACUGACACCAUUAAUAUUGUGGAUAAAGAAACUGAAACUUUUAUUGAAACUUCUGAAGCGUUUUUACAAACAGAUGAAUUAGAUAAUUUUCCAAAAAAAUAUCAACCAACAGUAACUGAUUAUUGCCAAACUGAUACCGAAGCUAAUUUAGUUCAAAAUACUAUUUCAAAAACUUUGUUUGAAUGUUUUAAUAUUUGUGACACUAUUGAUAACCUUUUUAAUCAUUUCUGUGGUAAUCUAGAGCUAAAAAAAUGUUAUCAGAAAUCGGUUAAAGAUUUGUCUGAAGCCUUGAAGAUAAAAAAUGAGGAAAAUAAUUUAUUGAAAAAAAUAUGUGGGGAUUGCUUAUUUGUCAACAAUGAAAUUUGCGGAGAAAUUAAACGUUUAGAAAAUAUUGCUAUGAAUAAUAAUAAUUAUAAUUAUAAGUCUUUAAAAAUUUUCCCAAAUGAUAAUAUUGAUUUAAAUGUUAAUACUAAUAAAAACGUAGAUGGUAAAAUUGACUUCGGCGUCACGGACCCGUCCCAUUAUUUCAAAUUAAUAAUAACUGAUUGUAAAAAAAUAUGCAUGAGUGCUUUUUUGUCGAUUACUAAAAUGCAAAAGAAAUUUGGUUCUACUAAAAGAAAAUGUAACAAUAAGCAUAAAAGUCAAAUGACUAUGAAUAAUACUGGCGAUAAUGUUGCAAAUACAAAUUUAGGGGAAAAUUUAAACUCAAAACAUAUAAAUACAAAAGAGUUUUCUAAUUACGAAAUAAUAAAUAAGUUUGGGAAGAAAUUAAAGAAGAGUUAUACUGAAGAUAUUUUAACAGCAAUUAAUGUAAAAAAUAUUGAGACACCAAUCGAUGAAGAUCAACAUUGUAAAUUAUUUCAACAGAAUAAAAAUAUAAUUCCUAAAGUUAUAGCAAAGUUUCGUGAUGGUAUGGAAUCUAAUCAGACUAAAUUAGUACAAAGAUCAAACAUUAAACAUUUAUUGAACAAAAUAGCGACUAAAGGAUUUGGAUCGUUGACGUUUCAACAACUGUCAUUCAUGCAUCACAAGAUAAUCGAAAACAGUGUUGAACACUUUCAAAAAUAUAAAAGUUUGAUAGACUUCACAACAAAACACUUACCAUCUUGGCAAAGGAGUGCUCUGAGUAGUAAACAAGAUAUAGUAUAUUUAUUUGCUGUUUUAGAGGGAAUUUUAAUAAGAAAAGAUGAAGACGCUCUUGAAAAAAAUUCCGCAUUGAAUGCUGAACUUGCUGACAUUAAACAUACAUUAGUAUCGACUAUUAGGGACAAAAACAAUUUUGAAAAACAAUUGGCUUUAGCUAAAAUUGACAAUGAGAAGUUGGAAAAAGAAAUAAAAAAAAUUAAUAAAUGGUUUCAAUGUACGUGUUUUUGUGAAGUAGUAGUGUGUACCAAAAAUUGUUUAAGUUCACACUUGUCAAACAUGGAAAAAGGCGAUUUCAACAAACUUGUUGCGGUCAGUAUUCUGCCGCACUCGCGGGGUGUUAUUAUAUUAGAAAGAAAACACAACACGUUAAUGGUUCAAAGUGAACGUGAAAUAUUUUAUUGGCGUCGACAACACAAUAUAUACGUAAUAUCCGGAAACAGAAAGUAGCAAACAAUAAUGACAAGUAUCUAUGUAAAUAUAUAUAAAGGCACAAUGUUCGUAAUUGAAUGUUCGGCGUUGUGGAGCAGACGACGAGCGAUCCGAUCAGUAAGGCGUCACGGAGAUUACUUAUCGUAUAUUUGCGGCGGGUCGUAGAUGGACGUGCGGCACUUGCUGGACUUUGUACCGUGGCGUAUCGCACGCGGUGUUAGUCAGUCAAACUACCAUAUGCACGUAGUAGGGCGACGGCUGAUAAAGGUGUCACGGGUCGCGGGGCUCCGUGUAUAGAGAACGACGCGGGACUGUGUCAAAUACCCCCCCGCCAAGCCGCCGGUCUACUCAGUGAAUCGGAUACACAUGGCGCGAUUACCAAUUGGGAAUAAAUAGCUAAUUAUACCGCUUUCACGGUGAAGGCCGCAAAUACUUACGUUGUUUGUCCUGACGAGCCGAUUGUUCGCGCGUGAUCGCGCUUGGUGGUGGUCGAUCGCAUAACGCGAACGAGGGUGGUGGAGGGUGUUGUUUAGUCUUCUUUUUCCUUAGCGUGGUCAGGAGAUGGGGGACAGGAGAGGAAUAAUUCGAUGGCGUCUUCUAAUAGGUCCUCCUCCAGCUCCAUGGGCUCCUCUGCCGGACCA